CUAAACUUGUCACUAAAAAAGAACCCGCGAAGACAAACAAACGUAAAACACGUAAUAAAGAGAAGAAUGAAACCCAGGUAGAAGAUAGUGCCACAAAAGGUAGUCAAGUCGAAAAGCAACAAGAGCCUUCUUCGUCACAAGCGGAAUCACCAAUGAGCAUGGAUGUACAAGAGACACCUCCUACAAAACCGGCUGUAGAUGGAUCCUUUAACAAAACUGUCUCAAAUGCGAAUAACUACACAUGUGACCAGUGUGGCAAAACAUUCGAUGUAAAGUCAGAGUUAGAGAAACACCUGCAGUCUCACAUUGCAUUGAAAGGGGCUGAAACCCUAAACACAAGGAAAGAAUUCACGUGUAAAAAAUGCAGUAGCACAUUUGAUACUCGGCUGCUUCUACUGGAGCAUGCGAAGAGCCGGCAUGGCGUGGACUACUUCACUUGCUCUGAAUGUGAGUAUGCAACUAGUAAUAAAGGUAGUUUACGGACACAUAUGAGAACUCAUACUGGCGAGCGGCCAUUCAAAUGUGGGCAGUGUAGCGCCGCCUUUACCAACAGCAGUCAUUUACAAAAUCACAAGAGAAUCCACUCUGGAGAUAAACCGUUCAAAUGUGGACAGUGUAAUGCUGCCUUUAGCCAAAGCGGUGCUUUACAAAGUCACAAGAGAACACACACUGGAGAUAAACCGUACAAAUGUGGACAGUGUAAUGCUGCCUUUACCCGAAGCAGUACUUUACAAAUUCACAAGAGAACACACACUGGAGAUAAACCGUUCAAAUGUGGACAGUGUAAUGCUGCCUUUACCCACAGCAAAACUUUACAAAAUCACAAGAGAACACACACUGGAGAUAAACCGUACAAAUGUGGACAGUGUAAUGCCGCCUUUACCCAAAGCAGUGCUUUACAAAAUCACAAGAGAAUACACAGUGGUAAUCUCUUCGAGUGCAACAUCUGUGACUACAAGACUGCUCUGUCAGGUAAUCUAAAGAGGCAUCUAAUGCUCAGGCACUCGGGCCAAAAGCCGUACGGCUGCGACUUGUGCACUUACAGGGGUGCUAUUAGAAGUCAAUUAACACAGCAUAUGAAAACCCAUCGUAAGCCGGCUUAGUUUUAUUGUAUUUUUGAUAAGUAGGUUCAAACCGAAAUAUACAAU